UGUGGGACAGGCACUCCCGUCACUGCGGGCUUGGCUCGAUGCCAGCGCCACAACAGGCUGGCGGCCUGAUCCUAUUUCCUAGCGCUAGCUGAGCCCACGCUGAGCCAACGGGCCCAGGCUCCGCCCCCAGCUGGUGAGCGCCAGUGACUGCUGCCUGGGCCCUGACGGCCCUGAGCUCGUGACGCGCAUGCGCAGUAGGGACACGUGUGACCAAGUGAAACACUACGGCGGGCGCUGGACGGCGGUGGGGAUGUGCUCCACGCUGUUUCUGUGUUAUUUGUGGUGUGUACGCGACGAAGAAACUGGAGCAUUUAGCAGGGAAUGAAUUCUCAAGUGAACGUGGUUAAGGCUGAGCCCAUUGUAACAGAGGUGCCUCCUGUGCUGCCCGAGGCUGUGACAGUCGCCUUCUUCGCCGAGUGCAACGUCUGCCACGAGAGGUUCGCUCUUCAGGAGGACCAUGUGCUGCACAUGACCUGCCACCAGGAGUCGCACCCUGCCGCCUGUCGCCGUUGUCCCAGCCAGUUCGCCACGCCACAGGAGCUCUCGGAGCACAUCAAGCAACAGCACGUGACUGUUCAGAGACGACGCAAGCCCGGCCCCGCCAAGGUUGACAGAGUUCUUCGCUGCGUCAUCUGUGGGAUCGACAGCUUCCCCAACUUCUCCUACUUCCACGACCACCACUUGUACCACCACCUGGUGACGCGGCCGGAGCCGACGGUCACCCUGGAGCGCUCGGAGCCCGCCGCUGCCGCCGCCGCCGCCGCGGCCGCGCUCAAGCUCACGCUCCGGCGCAGCAGUCAGGAGCAGAACGGUGGAAGUCAGUUUGAGGUGAUCCCAUCGGACGGCUGCUCCUCUGCCGGCUCCGACUCCGGUAUGGACGCCUCCGAGCCGGCCUCACUCUCGGGCGCGCCGCUAGAGGCGCCACCGUCGCCGGCUGAGCGGCUCCCGUCCGACGAGGGCCUGGCGCCCGGCGAGGAUGACUCGCGCUGGUCGGCCGGAGAGAUGGGUGUCGCCGACGAAGACUCGCUCUCGCAGGGACCCACCGAUGCCCUGCACGUGGACGCGGCCGCCGGCGACGAUGACGCCCUGGCGGAGGAUGGCGAGGCGGUGGACCCGCUGGAUGAUCAUUACGGAGACGAGGGUGAACCCGACGAGCCGGGCGCGAUAGAUCCGGACUUUGACACGAUGCACACGCGACUGUCGGACGGCUCGGGCUCGGGAUCGGCCGAGGGAGACGAGGAGACGGUCGACAACGGGCUGAGCAGCGACACGGAGCGGCCGGGCGGUUCGUCGGCCGGGGAUGGAACACAGGCAGAGGAAGGAGUGAUCGCUGACGUGCUGCCCGAGGGCGAGGAACAGGAUGACGUGCUCCGCCUGCUGGACUCUCUGAACCGUGAGGGCGCGCGCAGCGCCUCCACGCCGCCGCCGCCGCGGCUGCUGCCGGUCGGCUCUCCGGCGAUGCCACAGAGGAUGACCGCCUCGGCGCCGCCGGCGGACAUCGAGGCCGGCAGUCCGGCGCCGCCGCGCUCGGUGGCGUCGGACCCGGGUGGGACAGGAGACACCGACGGCCCGGCGCCCACCCUGCAGGACCUGGCUCCUCAGGCGGCCGACGGGGAGUCUGCACCACCCGCGGAGGGCGCCGACGGUCAGCCGGCGGGCGACCAGGCGGAGGGCGGCUCCGGUCAGCCGCUCAUCCGGAUGGCAGCCAUCGCGGCGAACAUCCCCGACGAGCGCAGCUUCCGACACGAGCCGCCGGCGACGCCGCAGCCACCGCAGCUGCAGCCGCGUCCAGACGGCGCGCGACUGCCGGCGCCGGCCGUCAGUGGCGCUGCCGGUCUGCCGCCUCUGACGCAGGGUGUUCGGCCGCCGGCGCCGCCCGGCUCCGUGUCAUGCUUCGUGUGCCAGCUGCCGCUGCCGAACGUGGCCGCGCUCCAGGAGCACCUGCUCACCCACCAGGACCAGCUUCAGUGCAGCAUGUGCCCCUUUAAGGCCUCAUCCAUCAACGACCUGAAGGCGCACAGUGUCACUUUUCACGGCAAGAUGCAGGCGGGUGCCGUGGGCCGGCCUCCCAACAGUAAUAUGUCCAGUCAUAUGGCGGCGAUGCAGAGCCCCAUGACGGGCGUGGGACGACCACCGAUGCCCGUGCCGCCCGGCACGCGAUUCCCGCACAUCCGUCGCGGUCGGCCACCGCUCGACGCAACACGCAUCGCACAAAUGCAGCACAUGAACGGCUUGCGCGGUCGGGGUAUGAUGGGCCCGCGAGGGAUGCAGCCGGGCCGUAUGCCGGGGAUCAGCCCGCAGAAGCGGCCGGCGCCGGGCAUGAUGGCGCAGGACCCGAAGCGCCGACCCGGCAUCCCGAUCCAGCCUGACAAGUCCGACUGUCAGGUGAUCGCGGUGCAGCGGCGACAGCAGGGCGUGCCGGUGAUACAGAACGUGGAGGGCAGUGCGCACGGCGGCAACCAGGGCACAAUCCGACUGAGCGACUCAAUCACGUUGAGCGUGCAGCAGCCGGCCCCGGCGGCCACUAGCGCCGCGGCCGCGCCCAACGCCGACGUGGCCUCCAUCCUCGCCAACCGCGGAAUCUCCAUCACCCCGGCGGCCUCGGCUCCGGCGCCGCCGGCCGCCCAGCCACCCAUCUCGCUACCCAACCUGCCGGCCGGCAUCUCCCUGACCCCCGCCUCGAGCGCUAAUGAUAACUUUGCCGUGCCGCGGCCGCCGGGUGUGCAACAGACUAACGUGUCUCGACCGGCGCGGCCGCCCACCGUCGACCUCACCGUGGACACGCCGUCACCGCCGGCGCGCGGCUCUCUAACCUGCCGCUACUGUGAGCGAACCAUGCCUAGCAUGGCGGCGUUGGUACAGCACGAGAAGGCCCACCUGUCGGGACCCAACCAGAGCCUGCGCUGCCGCGUCUGUGGCAUUGUGAUGCAGAACUUGGCGCUGCUGCAGCAGCACAUGCAGUCACGGCACGGCUCGACGCUGCCGCCGACGGCUCCCGGCCGCGGCUCCUCGGAGCUGGUGGUGCCCGUGUUUGACCUUAGCCAGGUCAGUCGCGACCAGCUGGAAGCGCUCGGCGUGCGCGGCUUCCUUCCCGUGUCACAGGUGAACCAGCGCCAGGGCCAGCUCGGUCUGCCUAUCAUCAGCCUGCAGGGACUCGGCAAGACAGGCCCCAGCCCGCGGCCCGUCGCCUUCUUCAACCUGGGACCGGUGCGGCCACUUCGGUAGUUGCGCUGCUUCCAUCGACAGACCCCUCCGCCCACGGCGUGUCGAACACAGGUGGACCUUCUCAGAGGGACGCGAACCCUCGCCCAGCCAUGGCCGAAGUGGUCUGAACGGUCUGAACAAUAGUGGCGCGAUGUGGUGUUUGUUGAAGCAUGUAGUGGGCUUCAGAGACGCAGCUUACCUGCGUCUGACAGCGACGCACAGACUCGGGCGAUGGGAUACAAAUGCAUCGCCCUGAUACAGGGUAGCAAGUUUUAACGUUGGACUUUGUGGCCGCAAUGCUGCUCCGCUAAAGCGGCAAAUGAGAUAUUUAUGUGUAUUGUGUCAUGCUAGUGUACCUGUAUAUAUGUCACGAUGUCAAGAAUGUUCGUUCGUGGGAGUACAUCGACAAGUUUCUAAUCAUUUCAUGAACGAGAGAUGACUCGUUUUCGUUAUCGGAGAGCUUUUAUCUUAUGCUGCGGCGGUUGUCAGUAUUUUUAUACCAAAUCUGUUCCGUGGACAGUAUGUGAGGCCUCCGUUUGAUCACUCAGUGUUAGCCUGGCCGUUUACGUUCAAAUAAAGCGUUGCUGGUGCAAAUGCAAUGAC